AUGGCGACCAACACCUUCGCCGCCACGACCACGCAGCUGGAUCUCGGCCCUACGCAGGAGACCGCUACUAAUAUCACGACUCAACUCAGUGUAUUCGAUCUAAUUCCGCCGCGCGUGUACAUCAAGUUCAUUGUCUACCUACCGCUGCAGCCCAAAGUCAGCUUCCAGCAAGCAUUCGCUCACCUACAAGCCGGGCUACAGGGAACUCUCCGCCAAUUCCCUUUUCUCAACGGUCGCAUUUUCCCCAGAAAUGAGCGCGAGCCCGGGUGGAGACCUGGACACAUUGUGGUUUCAUACGACCCUUCUAGUCCCGGCACCAGAGACGAGCUCCCCAGGCAACUCGCUUUCAAGGAUCUUUCUCCAGUCCUGCCAGACUUCGAGGACCUCCGCGAUGCGGGGUUCGAGUUUUCAGCUUUCGACGAUGAGCUGGUCCUCGCAGCGCCAUUCGUCCCUGAUCUUUCUGGUGGUGCGGACGUGUUCUUAGCACAAGCGAACUUCGUUAACGGCGGUUGCAUUCUCGCGACGGGCUUCCAUCAUUCCGCCAGCGAUGCCACCGGCAUGGUGACCGCGAUGAGAGCGUGGGCUGAGCACUGUCGAAACUUGGGCCAGCCCGAUGCCAAUGUGUGCAGCUGGGUGGCUCCGGAGAGUUUCGAUAGGACACUGCUUGAGAGAUUGUGGAGCAAAGCCCCGGCGAAGCCCGUCUCGGAGAUUCCCCGCGACACAUGGGGUUUUCUCGGCUUUCAACCCCCGGAUACGGAGGAUGGACCCACUGGGGAAGCGGCCCCACCGCCGGCCCCGAGCCGGACCAUGGAAUCCAGCAUCUUCUACAUCUCGCCGGCGAAUUUUGAUGCCUUGAAGCACGAGGUUCUUGGAGAAGGUCAAGAUGGCACGGGACUAUCGGCAAACGACGCUCUUCUGGCCCUUUUCUGGCGCGCUCUUAUGAAAGCUCGUUACCGCGCCGCCAUCGCUGCGGGACAAGCCACACCAGCAGAUGAAGUUUCUUAUCUCGAGUCGCCGGUAGACGGCCGGCCAGAUUUCGACCCAGCACUACCUCCCUCAUACGCGGGAAAUCUCGUCAUAGUCAACAAGGUGCCAAUGGCAGUCGCGGAGCUCGCAGCCCCGACGACGAGCCUCCGGGACGUCGCUCUCAAGAUUCGCGCACAGGCGGCCAAGGUGAACCCGGAUCUGGUGAAGGAUGCAUUCACGCUCAUGAGGGAAGUUCCGGACUACACGAAGUUGAAGCACGCGUUCACUCGUCUCGACGGCUUCGAUGUCAUGAUUACGUCGGUGCUGCUGCUGCCGCUGGAUAAGAUCAACUUCGGGGGCGAGGUGUUUGACAACGAUGGCAAGCCUGAGUCGCUGCGUCCGUUGAUGGAUGCAUUCAACGCAAAUUUUAGGCUUUGCAUGGUUUUGCCUAUGAAGAGUCAUGGAGGGAUUGAGUUGCUGGUCAGCCUUUUUGCUGAUGAGAUGGAACAAUUGUUGGAGGACGACGAGUUCGCCAAGUUUGCGGCCUUUUGUUGCCAUUAA